GAGAUCCCGGAGCCCCACGUGGUGACUGUCCUGGAGGAGAAGGAGCUGCCGACAGAAGACAACCUGAUUGGCCCCACCUUACCGGAGGCGGAGCCUCCCAUGUGGAGGUUCUGUCUCUUUGCCCAGGUUGGUGAGGUGGUCCCUGAAGACAAGAAGAGAAACAAACAGGAGAGGACAAAGCGUUGUAUCCGGACGGCAGCAGGCAUAUCAUGGGAGGAUCCAAGCCUGUUGGAAUGGGAACAUGAUGACUUCCGAAUCUUCUGUGGGGAUCUGGGAAACGAGGUGAAUGAUGAUAUUCUGGCGCGGGCCUUCGGCAAAUACCAGUCCUUCCUAAAGGCCAAAGUCAUCCGUGACAAACGCACCGGCAAGACCAAGGGAUACGGCUUUGUCAGCUUUAAGGACCCCAAUGACUACGUGCGGGCAAUGAGGGAGAUGAACGGGAAAUACGUGGGAAGCCGGCCCAUUAAAUUGCGGAAGAGCAUGUGGCGGGACCGGAAUCUGGACGUGGUGAGGAAGAAGCAGAAGGAGAAGAAAAAGCUGGGACUGCGGUGAGCGACCGUGGGGGGCGGCGCAGAACCUUCACGUUCUCUCCAGCACCUCCAACCACACCCACCCCCGCCCCCUCAACGUGGUGCUACCAGGAGCGGGCUGUUGGCUGGGGCUGAGAUGUCGGGGUCUCUGUUUUCCCCCCCCUCCCAGCGUUGUGUAUAAAUGCUGACACCCCCACUUUCCGUCCCCACUCCCUCCCUGCCAACCCCUCGCACAGCAUUUCCCGAUGGAAGUCGGUGGGCAGUGCCGUGCAGAUCAGCUGCCGGACAUGCAGGCUGGACUGGUGUAACAGGAUGUUUGUGACUGCAGACAUUUCUCGUUUUCUGAAUUGACACAUACACUUACACACACUCAUUUUCACAGAAGCUCUCAUGGCUGGUUGAUCAGCAAUAGAUGGUUUUAUUUCAGUUU